AUGGGAAAAUUCUUGUAUGUAUUCAUCUUUGAAACUGAUUUUUUUUUUUUAUUAGCAACACCCGAGAGAGAGCUCCUAUGGGCAUGUGAAAAUGGGAAACAGUCUGUAGUUGAGGAAAUUCUUCAGCAACAUCCAGAGGCAGUAUCAUCUGUAGACAGUGAUGGGUACACACCCCUGCAUCGUGCUGCUUACAGUAAUUAUCCAGAAAUUAUAAAGUUGCUACUUGGGGCUGGGACAUCAAUUGCUGUAAAAACUGUGGAUGGUUGGACAGCUUUACAUUCUGCCUGUCGUUGGAAUCAUGUUGAAUGUGCAGAAAUCCUAAUAGAUGGUGGGUGUGAUAUUAAUUCCACUACUAACAGUGGUCAGACACCUUUACAUGUAGCCGCAGCUAAUCCGCAAGCUAAGGAGACCUUACAGAUGCUGCUAAUGAAUCCACUAGUAAAGCCUCUCAUCACCAACAGUAAUGGAGAAACAGCAAAAGAUAUUGCAAAGAGAAGUGGGCCUUACGAAUAUUUGUUUGAAGUCACAGAUCCUGUUUUGAAUACUGUGGAACAACAAAAGUGAAGUGCUCA